UCAGAUCCGAUAGAGGCAGAUAAAGACAGAGGGGCGGGAGACAGGACGAGGAAGGGCGGAGGGGGAGCGAGGGGGGCGGGGCGCCCGACCCCCAACUGCGCGGCUGCUGCCAGCUCUGCCGAGCUGCUAGGGAGCCUGGCCCGCCGACUGCUGAACGAGCUCCGUGGCCACCCCCGCCCCCCUACUUUCCAAUUCCACGGUCCCCGCAGCGCGCGCGAGAUGCAGCCGGUUCCGGACGCAGGCCUCUUCUUCUGAUGAAAAGAGAAAGGAAGAAUGGACUACCAUCACCAAACUUCCCUAGUCCCAUGUGGACAAGAUAAAUACAUUUCCAAGAAUGAACUUCUCCUGCAUUUGAAGACCUACAACUUGUACUAUGAAGGCCAAAAUUUGCAACUCCGACAUCGCGAGGAGGAAGAUGAGUUUAUCGUGGAAGGGCUGCUGAACAUCUCCUGGGGACUGCGCCGGCCCAUUCGUCUACAGAUGCAGGAUGACAAUGAACGCAUUCGCCCCCCUCCAUCCUCUUCCUCUUGGCACUCUGGCUGUAACUUGGGGGCUCAGGGUACCAUCCUGAAGCCCCUCACCAUGCCCAACAUUACGAUCUCAGAGGUGGAUGCCCUGCCUGAGAGUGAUCAGACUCUGAGCCCCACAGACUCCAGGGGCCUGAAGUCCCUACAGGAAGACACCCCACAGUUGAUGCGCACACGCAGUGAUGUUGGGGUACGUCGUCGUGGCAAUGUGAGGACACCCAGCGACCAGAGGCGAAUCAGACGCCACCGCUUCUCUAUCAAUGGCCAUUUCUACAACCAUAAGACAUCAGUGUUCACGCCAGCCUAUGGCUCCAUCACCAAUGUCCGCAUCAACAGUACCAUGACGACUCCACAGGUCCUGAAGUUGCUGCUCAACAAAUUUAAGAUUGAGAACUCGGCAGAGGAGUUUGCAUUGUAUGUGGUCCAUACCAGCGGUGAGAAACAGAAGCUGAAGAACACGGAUUAUCCUCUGAUUGCCCGGAUCCUCCAGGGCCCAUGUGAGCAGGUCUCUAAAGUGUUCCUUAUGGAGAAGGACCAGGUGGAGGAAGUUACCUAUGAUGUGGCUCAGUAUAUAAAGUUCGAGAUGCCUGUCCUUAAAAGCUUCAUUCAGAAGCUCCAAGAGGAAGAAGAUAGGGAAGUCAAGAAGCUGAUGCGCAAGUACACUGUGCUCCGCCUAAUGAUUCGGCAGAGGCUGGAGGAGAUAGCUGAGACCCCAGCAACAAUCUGAGCCACUAGAAGGAGGGGAUCCAGAUGCUGCAGAGGCCGUUGCUGCCCAGAGAAGACUCACUGGAAGCUGGAUGCCUUCCAUGGAAACAUUUAAAAGCAAAUCUUUCCAGCUUUCAAACCACAAUGGAGAUGCCAGCAACUCCCUGUCCUUUGUUUCCCUGCUCCUUUCCUUCACUCACGAGGACUUUCAGUUUUUAUUAUAAGGAGGACCCAGAAUGUGUGUGCACAUGUGUGUGCUCAUAUGGUACACAUCCACAUGCCUACAUGAUAUAUUCACAUGCAAUUCAAUUCCAAGCAACCAGCACUAGUGCUUAAGGCUGGCAAAUAUGUGCUUGUAGGCAGGAAAAUCAGAGGAAUCACUGCCAAUCUGAGGGGUUUUAGACUGAAGAAAAAAAUUUCUCCUCUCAAGUGUCAGGGAGCAACCAUACAUAUCUGCUCAACUUUAGAAGGAAAAGAAGGUCUAGCACACUCACCAUCUAGGGUACUUAUGUGUUAAUAGGCGCUUCCCUGGUAGCUCAGCUGGUAAAGAAUCCACUUGCAAUGCAGGAGACCCCGAUUCGAUUUCUGGGUUGGGAAGAUCUCCUCCUGGAGAAGGGACAGGCUACCCACUCCAGUAUUCUUGGGCUUCCCUGGUGGCUCAGAUGAUAAAGAAUCCGCCUGCAAUACAGGAAACCGGGGUUUGUUCCCUGGGUUGGGAAGAUCCCUGGAGAUGGGAAUGGCUACCCUCUCCAGUAUUCCUGCCUGGAGAAUUCCAUGGACAGAGGAGCCUGGUGGGCUACAGUCCAUGGAGUUGCAAAGAGUCGGACAAGACUGAGCAACUUUCACUUUCACUGUGUUAAUAGAUAUUCUCUCUGUAUGCCUAGAAGGAUCUGUGAGUCUGAGAUCCUUAGAAAUUAAUUAACAAACCGUGCCCUCAAGGCAGGUCUGAUGGAAAGAAAAAGAAACUAUCAGUGGGGUAGAUGCAAUAAGCCCACAGGUUUUUACACUGGAAACUUUGAUUGUUCUAAAUAACAAGGACAUAUCUGUGUGGAUGCCAGUAAAGAAUGGACUCUGCCUUGGCCCUUGCCUCCCUGGCUACCUCUCGGAAAUAGGGGGAGCCUGAUGUUUCUCUCAGCAUGCCAAGCUGUUGACCCCGAUUCUUUGGUGCCUCCUGAGUUGAAAGAAAUGUCUUAUGAAACAGGUCUCACUCAUUUGUACAAGGUGCUGACUGGCUGGCGAGGCCAGGGCCUGGUCUUGGGUGGCUGGGAAAUUUCCCCUCCUUAGGGAAAUGUGAAGACUUCUUGUAGAAUGACAGGUGCCUGUAAGCUCAGUCCAUUUGCACAUAAUCAAGGAGUCUUCCUGCACUUGGAGCUGAAGUCCUAUGUUUGAAGUCAAGGCUUUAAACUUUCCAACCACUAUAUUCUUGCAAGUUGCUGUCACAUUGUAUGUGGAGAUGGACUCUUAGGAAUGAAGACUUCUGCUAUUUACCAAGUAUGGGGUUCAGGGAUGCCUUUUGGGCUGCCCUCUGAUGGUGCAUAAUUAGGAUGGAGCUUCUCUAUCAGCUUCUCUGAGCAGCUACCUGUGAGAUCUUUAGAGAGACCCCAGUGGAGGGGAAAGGGCAAGAAGAGUCUGUCCCUUGGAGCCCCCCAUUGGGAAGAUUGACAAGUAGCUCAGCCCCAGUACAGCUGAUACUGUUUGAAGAGAGUUAGAUGGAUGGUUGGAACAGGGUGCUGGCUGUGGAGGUCAACCAAGCAGGGCCAGAAGCUCCUAACAGCAGGAGUCUGAGCCUUGUUGGGAUAGAACUCCCCAUCUCUUCUCUACCUCCUCUCUGAAGAUUUGGAGAGCUGGGCAGUUGAGAAAAGAAGAGCCACUGAUCUGUGUCUGCAAGGAAAGUGGACCCUUGCAGCAGAGCUCUUCCCGCCAGGGGCACCCUUGCCCCCAUCUGCCCCUGUCGCUUCCAAGAAAGACCUCUUUAGAUGGCUUACAGCUGUGGUUUCAUUGUUGACUUUCGAGAAGUUGGUAUGCUGCCACUUGUCAUUUUGCCAAGGGUCUCUUAGCAAGCUUACUGCCUCUGUGGGGAUAGCCACCAGCCUUGUGCAGGGUGGACUGGAAAUCAGGAGGGCCUUAGCCUCCUCAGUGGGCUUCUGCAAAAUGCACAGAAAAUAAUAGGGGCCCAGGGAGAGGCUUCCUUUGUUACAGAUGGGAAAGAACAGUUUUGUGAAUGCAAACAUACUUCCUGAAUUUUGCAUUUGAGAAAUGACUUGGAAAACUUUUUUUCUGGUUAUUUUUAUUUUGAAUGUUCAAAGCCUUUGUUGGCCCCAAUAAUCUUCCUUGAAUGGCUUGGGAAAAGUGUUUCCACAACAUAAAUUACUAAUGACUAACUUUUAUUGGACAGCUGUUUUGGUUUAUCAACGUUCUCUUUAAUUUGCACUAACGUUAUGAUAGUGUUAAACAUGGAAAUGUUGCGAAAUGUCAGUUUGCCAGAUCACUUUCUGAGAAAGUGAUACUGGGGUAGACUUGGUUUUUUUAAAGAUUGGGGAUUGGGGUGGAAUUAAGGGAAAUCUCUUACAUGAUACAUUCCACUUUAUGCAGGCCCCACUUUUCAAUUUUGACUCACCCUGUUUAGAAAUCAUUUCUCAUGUACUAAUAACCCAGUCAGGAAUUUUGGAAAGAUUAUUUGAAAUAGAGACACUGCUGUGAUGUAGAGCUGUAUUUUCUCACUGGUAUCACAUGGCCUUCCAGCUUUGAACUCCUGGACAGAUUUCUGUGCAUUUAUGUAACUGUGUGCAAUGAACCUGAAAUCGUGUGAUGAACAAAGGGCCAAUUUAUAGGGUUUUUUCCCUUCACUUGUGAAAAGCGACAUAGCCUCAUCCUACUUAAUCUUUUUCCCGGAGCUUAUGUUAUAAGGUGAUCAUAUGAAGGAAAAACUUGAGUUUAUCUGAUUGGUGAUAAGGGGAUCCAGUCCCCCUGGUGAUGUUGGAAUUAAGCACAAGGUAACAUUGUUAGUAAUCACAUUAGUGAGAAUGUGAGGAGUUAAAUUGUAGGGGAAGUGGGGGUGGUUACCUUGAGGAGGAACUGAAAAGCACAAAUAGGCUUGACUGUGCAAACUGGUGAGGAAUGUGCAUACUGACCUCCAGGUUUUUGGACUUUAACUCUGAGUUGAGGCUGAGGUGGGAGAAUCUGAGAUUAGCCAUCCCUGUGACAAAUGCUGAGCCCUGAGGUUGAGGUUUUGGCCUGAGACUUCAAAGAAUAAUAUAUUCACCUUUCCCUCCUUUCUACCAGAAAGAAAAUAAGACACUCUCCUAGAGACCUCUAGAUAAUGAUAUUUUGUCAUCAGUGUAGAUAAGACUUUAGGACAUAAAGACCAAAAAAUAAAAAAGUCACUCAAAACACAAACCUUGUUCUCUGAAGCAAAAAUGUCUUGGCAAGAAUUCUUUCUCUGGAGUUUGGGCAGUUAUUUCAGGGUUAGGAGAUUGGAAAGAGAGAUGGAUCACAGAAGGGCAAGAAGCUCUCUUAAGAAAAGAGAUGCUCUCUUUAAAAAACAAAACUGUUUCAAAGCUCUGUAGCACAGAGAACAUGGUGCCAUAGGUACAUCUCCAAGGGAAAUUUCUAUAUGAACAAAGGAGUUCCACAGGUGGCCCUAGUAGUAAUGAACCUGCCUGCCAAUGCAGAUUUAAGAGACACAGAUUCAAUCCCUAGGUCAGCUUCCUGAUCCCCUGCAGAAAGGCAUGGCAACCCACUCCAGUAUUGUUGCCUGGAGAAUCUCAUGGACAGAGCAGCCUGGCAGGCUAUAGUUCAUAAGGGUCGCACAGAGUCGGAUAGGACUGAAGCAACUUAGCACACCAAACCAUGAUGUGAAGGCUUAGGUAGGAGGCAGAGAUGUCCUUGAGCACCGAUGCAGCAGUGCAGAUUCUCUAGUCAAGUCUCUACUUAAGUUGUUUUACACACACACACACACAAUUGUUUUACACAAAGUCUUCUUGUUGGAAGCAGAUGAGAUGAGAAAUGAUCUAGAGAGGUAAAAAUAGACAAAUAUGGCACCCUUUCUUUCUGAGGGAAUUGACAGCAUUUACCCUGUCAUGGGAAGUUACAGCUCCCCCUGUGUUAUAGCCAAGCACUAGACAUGGACAAGCUGAAAAGGGAGAACCGCAGUUUACCUGUGGAGCCUCCCCAGCAGAUCGCAGACCUGUUUUCCAAGCUACUGGUUUCUGGUGUAUAAUUGCUACUGUUUCUUAAGGGUUUCCCCAUUUGAUUUAGCUUUGUGAAGUAUCUUUUAUCUUAAUCAUAACUUGCUUUUCAAGCAAUGGUACAUGACCCGGUUCAAUGUUUGGGUUCUGAAUUUAUAAACUGAUGUGUUUAGAUAUCUUAAUGUAACUUGACAAGUCCUCAGUAGGGAGCUGUGAAUUUCUGUAACAUUUUUAUAUGUUUUAAAGCACCUGACUUAGAUCUUGUUGAAUAAAGCACUCUCAAAAAGAA